AUCUAUAUGUAUUUUUUAGCCGAAGCGUAACUGUGAAAAUAUUAUAAUCCCCAUGGUGUAAACCACUUUAUGCUUUAAUAUUUGCUCCCUUUACAGAACUCUUCGCAUGUUUGCAUAUAGUUACGUAAAGACGGUUGCGCUGCUACGUUAGUGUCACUUUGACCAGCAUGAGAUGCACGCUACCUGCAUAUUUGCUAGGAUGUGUCAGUUUAUUGCAUAGAAAUCCUCAGACUUAUGCGUCUGUGGCAGUGGGUCAACAAAGCGUUUUUGCAUUGAAUCUCUGCAGGAAAUCAACGAGUCACAGUAGAAGCAUGGACCUGAGUGACAUGAGGAAGAAAUACAAAGGAGAUGAGGACUGCUUUGAGGAAAGUCAUCUCGCAUCUAUGGACCCCAUUAAGCAAUUUGGAAACUGGUUUGAUGAGGCCACGAAGUGCCCUGACAUCGGAGAGCCCAAUGCUAUGUGCAUCGCCACUGCCACCACAGAUGGACGUCCAUCUGCUCGGAUGGUUCUGCUGAAAGGUUACAGCAACGAAGGUUUUCGUUUCUUUACAAACUAUGAGAGCCGAAAGGGUUCUGAACUGGAGAGCAAUCCCUAUGCAAGCCUCCUCUUCUACUGGGAUCCCCUUAACAGACAGAUUCGCAUUGAGGGCACUGUGGAGCGGAUCUCCCGUCAGAGCUCCUGUGAAUACUUCCACUCCCGACCAAGGAGCAGCCAGAUUGGUGCUGUCGUGAGCCGACAGAGCACUCCUGUUCCUAACAGAGACUAUCUAAGGCAGAAAUAUGAAGAACUGGAGGAGAAGUACAAGGACACAGAGGUGCCUAUGCCUGACUACUGGGGCGGCUAUAUCAUCAAGCCUUGCCUGAUCGAGUUCUGGCAGGGUCAGACUAACAGGCUUCACGACCGCAUCGUCUUCACCAAGCCAAAGGACGGGGAGUCUGAGCUGGGAAAGUUUCAGCACGCUGCAGAGGGGGGCUGGGUGUACCAGCGCCUGGCUCCAUGAGAAAAUUCAUCUAGAAUAUGAACUUAGCUUUGAUAAAAAUCCACCAUUUUGAAAUAACACCUCAUCUAUAAAAUGGAAACCAUGUGAUGUGUAGGUGCAGCUGUGUGUAGGAUCACUGUGUUCACUUUGAACCUAACCACGAAAAAGUUCCUGAUGUCAGCAGUUUUACACAUUUGUCAGCAGUAACCAUGGAUAACUAAAUAUACAACUACAAAUCUCUCCUGGUAUAAGGAAAUGGAUAAACACUAUGUGUAUGUAGUGGCACUGGAGAUAAAGUGAUUUGUGCCA